AUAUCAGAGAACCGAGUCGAACGCGCGCACGUACCUUACCUAAAGGCCGACUGCCAGUUUACACUCGGCAGGCGGGGGACACACGCGUAUCGACAGUCGCUUGACAGAAUCCACGGACUUAUAAACAAACCCUUGUAACAUUAAGCAAGCAAGAAAAAAAGGACCGAAAAAUAGGACACUAUUAGCUAUAUACAUUCAUAUAUUAUACGAAGUAAUCCAUUGGACCAAGAUGCCGGUCGAAACGAAAAUUAGCUUCUCCGACGGCAGUACAUCGGACACAGCGCGAAAAUUGAGUGAAGAUUCGUCUAGAAAAUAUUUAUCAGAUUUAAUCGAAGCCGAAGAAGACGAAGUUAGCAGCAGUUUGCCAGACAGGCCACGUUCACAUCGCAAGGCAUCUACCAGCAGCCGAUCCAGUGUCACAUCCAUGGACUCGCUUUGGGAGAAAUACCCGCGACGACUCAGCGAAGCCGGCUUGAGGCGUUGCUCGGAUCACAGUGUCGUGCUAACUGAGGACACGGACAGUUUUAUAAUCGGCGAGCGAGUAUGGGUGGGUGGCACCAAAGCCGGUCAGAUCGCUUACAUCGGUGAAACACAGUUCGCUCCGGGCGACUGGGCCGGCAUUGUUCUUGAUGAUCCUAUAGGUAAAAAUGACGGCUCUGUGGCUGGUUUCCGUUAUUUCCAAUGUCCCGAAAAACGAGGCGUGUUUUCUCGCCUCACUAGAUUAACUAGAGAACCAAUAGCAAGCCACGCACCGCAUGAUGCAUCACCUGUCUCGGACGCCGGAAGCGUGUUCGAACGACCACCUUCAGGGUCAGCGAGACCCAGGCGAACGCUUUCACCGAAUGGCAGUGUUCGAAGCAUUGUCAGCAGUAAGAUGAAUGCUUCCAUAUCGACCACCACAAAUGGAGACCUUCGCCUCGGCGAUCGAGUAAUAGUAUCUAGCAGCAGGGGCAGCAAGGCUGGUACACUUCGGUAUGUGGGUGUUACCGAAUUCGCGACUGGCGUCUGGGGAGGUGUAGAAUUGGAUGACCCUCUGGGGAAAAACGAUGGAUCCGUCGAUGGAAAGAGAUACUUUGAGUGCGCUCCUCGUUUCGGUCUGUUCGCGCCAAUUUCGAAGGUGUCGCGUUCGCCUUCGAACCGCAAGCCCGGGGCGUGCGCUAUCCACAGCAACGGGCGGGCGACGCCGGUGCGCCGUUCCAACUCGCGCGAAUCGCUGACAUCGCUCGGAACUUCGAUCGCGUCUUCCCGACCGGGGGUGAGACUCGGGGUGACGUCGCUGGGUGCUCAGCGGGCCGGUCCACGCGCGUCCUCCACCCCGGUGUCGGCGAAGAGCGCGUUGCAGGAAAUGCUGCGUGAGAAACAGCAACAUUUGGAGAGGUUGAUGCGGGAGAGGGAGCUAGACCGGACGGAGUUGACGAAGGCGACUUUACAAGUUGAUCGAACAGAAAGCGCGCUUGCACAAAUCAAGAAAGAAGCUACACAGACAAAUAACGAAAAUGCGAAACUGAAAGCCGAACUGGACAAACUCAACAAGAUGCUGGAAGACGAGCGACAGAAGGUUGAAGAUCUCAUGUUCAGGAACGAAGAAGAGAAUAUUAAUAAGGAAGAUUACAAUAAAUACAAAGAAGCUAUGGAGCAAGAAAAAGAAGCGCGCGAAAAGCAAAUUCGUGAUCUAGAAGCGGAAGUAGCGCUUCAAGCAGCUAGAGCGGAAACCACCGCGGCGACGCUGCGAGCGCUUGAAGAUCAGCGCAAUGCUGAGGUGAACGCGUUGGCUGAACAACACAAGGAGGAACUGGCUGCUGCACAGACAUUGUCAUCGGAACUGCAGAAGUUGCUCGACGAAGCUUACGCUCUUCUUAAAGAAAAAGAAAGCGAAAAAGAUUCACUUGGUAAGAGCAUGUCAGAAGAGUUAACUAAAGUAAAAACAGAAUCAGAAAAGGCACUUAAUGAAGCUAGAACUAAAAUAGCUAUCGCUCAGACUGAAUUUGAAACGCAGCUAUCGGUGCUCACUGCUAAGUUGCAGUUGGCCGAAUCGAAAUUAGAGACUGAGAAACAAAAUGUUGAAAGGUUGAAUAAGGAAAAUAGCCAAAUAAUUAUAGAUCUUAAUAGUAAAUUAAUAUCACUCCAGGCAGCUGUUGAUGAUAAAACGUUAGAGUUAAAUAAAGUUACGGGUACGAGUAAAGAACAUGAAGUUAAUCUUAAUAAAGAAAUAACAAAAUUAAAAAUGGAACUAAGUGCUAAAGUAUUAGACAUAGAGCAGCUAGAAGAUUCCAAAAGAAAACAAGAGUCAACAUGCAAGUCCUUACAAGAGGAAAUUACUCGUAUAAAAGACGAAUUAUCUAAUAAGGUUAACGAAUAUGAAAGCUUUUUAAACGAAGCUUCACAACAAGACGAGAAAAAUAAAUUGGAGAUCCUCAAUUUGCAACAAAAUCUUAGUGCCAAAACAAAAGAUUACGAAAAAUUGCUCAAUGAAACUAAUAGUUCUUCUAGCAAAAACGAAAAACUUAUCCAUGAAUUUAAACAAACUGUACAUGAAAGAGAUAAGGAAAUAAUAAAAUUAAAAGAUGAAUUUGAACAAACAACUGCUAAUUUUAAUAUUAAACACAGCAAAAUUGCAGAAGAACAUAAAAAGGAAAUCGAGGAUCGUAACUGUAAAAUAGAACAGUUAAUAAAAGAAAUCGAAACUCACAAGCAAGCAUUAGAUCAAAGUAAAAUAGAAUUGGAUACUUUGAAUACACAAUUUACGAUAAAUGCUGAUGAGCUGAACGCUUUAAAAGAAGAGAAUAAAAAACUAAAGCAAUCUCUUACUGAAGCUACAGAAGCUAAUAACGAACUUAAAGAUAAACUUGCGAAAAUGGAAUUAGAAAUUGGCGAACUGAAACGUCAACUAAAUAGCGCAUUAGAAAAGUGUGAUGAAAUACAGAAAUCUAAAGAGAACGUAGAACAAGAAUAUCUGAAUCUAACUGGACAAACUACUGAUUCUAAUGAACAAUUUAAUAAACUUUCAAAACAUCUAAAGGAUACAGAAAAUGAGUUACAAGGGUUAAAAGAUAAAUAUAGAGAAGCAACAAACAAUUGUGGAAGAAUAGAACAAGAAUUUAAACAAAAGAUAAUUAAAUUACAAGAAGAUUUUUCAACAGAAAGAAGUCAACUUAUAGAGUCAAUAGAUCAAAAUAUAGCUAAACUAAAUAUAUCGGAAAAUAAGAUUAAAGAACUGGAAAAUCACGUCAACGAAACCGAUAACCGCUUGAAAGAAUACGAAACUCAAUCCGAUAAAUUAUUAGAUGAGAACUCUAUAUUGAAAAAUGAAAUCGAGAGUUUAAAAGUCAAAGAGAAUGAACUUAAUAACGAACACGAUACAAUUCGAAAAAAACUUGAAAUAGAUAUUGAACGAUACAAAGAUGAGAUAUCCUUAUUAAAAGCUGAUGGCGCUUCGUCUGAAGUCAAACUGAUGGAAAAAGUGGACCAAUUAACGGAAGCUCAAAAUGAUUUAAAUAACAAACUUGAAGAAGCUAGAAAACACGAAGAUUCAUUGCAAAAAGUUUUAGAUGAUAUGACCUCACAGUUAAAUAAUCAGAAAAGCUUUUAUGAAAAAGAAUUAAACCAGUUAAAAGUUCAGCUUGACGCUUUCACUCUUAGUGAAAAAAAUCAAAAAGAUGAAGAAUGUAGGUUGAAACAAUUAUUGGAAGAAAAACAAAAUUGCAUUAAAGAUUUGACGCUUAAACUUGAAAUGCUAGCAAUAGAUAUUAAAUCUAAUGGAGAAAUUAUAACUGAAAAAGAUCGCCAGUUGUCUCAAGUAACUGAAGAGCUUAACAAAUCAACUGAAAUGAAAAACAAAUUAGAAGAACAGGUAACUCAAUCCCAUCUGGAAACUACGUCACUUAGACAGCAAUACGAAGCUCUUUUAAAUAAUUCUUCUACAGGAGAAUCUGUAAUGAAAGAGCAGUUAGGACAGCUAGAAUUAAUUAAAACUGAAAGGGCAACAUUGAUUAAUGACAAAACAUUGUUGGAGGUCAAAUGUAAUGAAACCAUAAACGAAAUUAUGAACCUCAAAAAUCAACUUGAUGAUAAUAGUUUGAAGUUGAAAGAAAGCCUUGAAAACAUCACUACUUUAAAUAACGUCAUAAGCGAAAAAAAUAAUGUUAUUAAAUCUUUGAAUGAAAAGAAUAUUAUAGAGUCAAAUAAAACUUUGCUAUUAGAAGGAGAUAUUACAAAACUUCAAGACGAAAUAAAAAGUCAUAAUAUUUUACUAGAAGAAAAACAGCUGGCAUUGAGUACAUUAAACGAGGACGCAAUUUUGCAAACGAGGAAAAUGGUGGAAUCUAUGAAACUGUUAGAAACUGAGAAUACCGAUUUAAAAGCAAAAUAUUCCAGCGAAAUCGAAUCUCUCAACGCUACAUUGAAAACAUUACAGAAUAAUCUAAAAAAUCAAGAAAACGAUCUCGAGGAGCUAGCACUUUCUAAAGAAAAAGUGAUUGAGUUACAACAUUGUAUAUCCAAAUCGGAAAACGAUAUAAAACAAUUAAAUAAUAUAAAUGAGGCCCAAAAAUUAAACUACGAAGAUUUAAAUAAACAACUACAAUCGCAGUUCGAUGAAUACAAAAAGGAAAGCAAAAUUAUAAGACACGAACUGAAAAAUAAAAUUAACAAUUAUGAAAAGCAGUUAAUAGAUUCUAAAGAGAAAAUUGCUUUAGAAACUAACAGCCAAAACAAACUCCAAGAUAAACUAUGUAAAGCUGAACAAGAUGUACUAGAAUUAACUCAAAAAUUAGAAUUAUUAGCUAUACAACAAAGUACUGAAAGUAGUAAAGACGAUAGAUUAGAAAAACUGACUCUAGAAUUACAAGCCACUAGAAAAAGUAGCGCGGAAGCAUUAUCUAACAGUGAAAAGAUUAUUAUGAAAUUAAGAACAGACGUAGAAAAUAACAUUAAAGACAUGAAAAGUAAAGAUGAUUUAAUAACGAAAUUGCAAGGAGAUCUCAAGAAUCAUAAAGCGAAAGUGGAGAUAGCGGAAAGGGAAAAACUGAUUUUGCAGAAAGAAAUGGCAAAGAAAGGCCCGGAAUUGCGUGACAAAAAUGACAAUAACGCCAUGGGUCUACUUGGACAAGGCGAUAAUGGAUCACAAAAGAUCGAAGACAAAGAAAUGAUAGACGGUCAAGUGAGCUUCCUAAACUCUGUGAUAGUGGACAUGCAGCGCAAGAACGAGCAGCUGAUGGCGCGCGUGCAGGCGCUAGAGGGCGCCACCGUGCCCGUCGAGCCUCCGCUCUUUAACGGGCGCAAGGCGCGCGCAGUGGCGCCGCGGCUGUUCUGCGACAUCUGCGACGUGUUCGACGCGCACGACACGGAGGACUGCCCGCGCCAGUCCGUGGAGCCCGACCAGCCCGCGAGGAAGGCGCCGCCGCCGCCCCGCCCUUACUGUGAGAUUUGUGAAGUGUUCGGACACUCUACAGAAAACUGUGAUGAAGAAGAAACCUUUUAAUAACUAUUUAUUACUUUAGUUGUAAUGUUACCGUUGUUGAUGUUACUAGUUUUCUCUGUUAUUUAUUGUUUACCAUAGAAAUGGUAUCUAUAUUGUUUUAAUAUGAAAUAAAAAUAGGGAAAUAUUUGUAAAUAAGGAAAAUGACUUUUUAACAUACUUAACUUUAUUUGCAUGUUUUAAGGUAAAGGUUGAUUUUAUUAUCUCUCAUGUGCGUUAUCUGGAUAUAAUGCUGCAUAUUGAGAGAUGUUUUACGCAAAAAUCAAACAAUUUUCUUCACAAUCAUGGUUUAAAUGUAAUCACAAAACUUACUAUGUAAACAAAUAAACACCAAAAUUAUGACGAAUUUGUAAAACAAUAAAUUGAUUUUAAAUUAUA